CUCCCUCUCGCUCACUUUUCUCCCGUAGCUCAGGGCCAACGCCAAGGGCUGCAUCGUCGACGAUGGAGCUUCCUCCGAAACGCUACCCCUCCCAAAACCCUCUCCUCUCCCUCUCCACCUUCAUCCACCAGCAGUGUCUCCGCUUCGGCUCCGAGCUCUCCAGCCGGCUCGAUGAGACCAAGCGCCUCGCUGGAACCCUAGCCGCCAACUUCCCGUCGCCCCCGCCGCCGGCGACCAGGCGGCUCCUCCGCUCCCCUCCCCCUCCCCCUCCGUUCGCGUCCGUCGCGCAAGCCAAAACCGCCUCGUCGCCGGCCUCCAGCGUCGCGAGGACCCUCGCCGGCACGGCCGUGUAUACUGUCAGCAACUCGAACAACGAGUUCGUGCUUGUUUCUGAUCCCGAUGGAACCAAAUCAAUAGGACUUCUUUGCUUUCGGCAGGAGGAUGCAGAAUCGUUUCUUGCUCAAGUUCGGUUGCGGAGAAGAGAACUGAAAGGUCAGGCUCGGGUUGUUCCCAUCACUCUUGACCAGGUAUACAUGCUAAAGGUGGAAGGAAUUGCUUUCCGAUUUUUGCCUGAUCCAGUGCAAAUAAAGAAUGCAUUGGAGAUGAAAGCAACUGAUACAAAAAGUGGGUUUGAUGGAGUCCCAGUUUUCCAGUCUGAUCUUUUGGUUGUCAAGAAAAAGAACAGACGUUUCUGCCCAAUAUAUUUCCGGAAGGAAGAUAUUGAAAAGGAGUUGUCAAUGGUCUCCAGGCCAUCAAGGGGAGCAGGUUUAUCUCAGCAUAUCAUGGUUGGAAGUCUAGAAGACGUUCUCAGAAAAAUGGAGAUCAGUGAGAAGAAUUCAGGAUGGGAAGAUCUGAUUUUCAUUCCACCAGGGAAAAGCCAUUCUCAACACAUCCAAGAAGUGGUGAAAUCAUAGUGAUUAUGUGCAUUCCCUCUACUGACCAUAUUAGGGAUCUGGCAGCAGACAUUUUUUGGCAUUCCCAAACUCCUUAUUGGGCAGAUGAACUGGACUCCACCGAGGCUAAAUGGUGCAGGAAAUCAUUGCUUGGAGAAUGACCAAGGAGCGGUGUAGCUAAAAUGUGAACUGCCGAAAAAAGUCGAAACAUGUGGAGGUACUGCAAAAUGGAACUUGUGCAAUGGCUGUGUACAAUUUAUUGUAGGUUUUCUGCCCUCCCCUUUAUGAUCUCCAUUGCGGUGCUGUCUACGCCCUUGUGCCAA